UGAUGACGAACGAGGAGGCGAUGAUGACGACGGCGAUCAAAUUGAAAAUGGCGACAUACUGAAGUGGGAGUGCUGUGCGUUGUGAGGUUUUCUUUCGGGAUUUUCGCUUGAAAACGGUGUUUUUCGUGCUUCAAAAGAACGAACAUCACGGUUCCUCGCUUGGUUCCGUUGAGUAGAGUGGUGUGACUAUUUAUUUAUCGAGCGCCGAAGCGUUCCAAGUUUUUAACUCAAGUCAUCAGAAACAGGCGAAAUUUUGUGGGAAACGUUGUUUCGGGUGUUGAAAUGAACCGUAACAUGUCCGCCAUUGGCAGGCUCAGGCGGAGCCCGUCCCCGUCCCGGGGUGGGCCAGGUGGUUCCAGCAAGCUGCGCAUGGAUCGCAAUCCCACCCAUGCUAGGAUUAAUGAUCCCAGUCACCCGGCUGGAAAACGUAAGGAAAUCGACAAUGUGAUGCGAAAAGCCCGGGCUUUUCCCAACGAAACCUGGGAUAAGAAACUGCUCGAAGUCGAGGAAAAGGAUCCAAACCGAUGGCGCCACACCGGAUUCAAAAAGAUGUACAUUGAAGAGGACCCCAGCAGUUCGGAUAGUGAACGUGGCCGAUACGGAAACGGUAUGCCACCACGUGGCCGUUCCCGCAGUCGCAGUCGAAGCCGCAGCCCUAGCAGACCUGUGCGGUCACCGCCGCUGCGCCAUCGGCGCAGUCCGUCGCCACCGAUGAGAAAACGUCGUGUACCCAUCUCGCCAUCUCCGCCGCCGAUGCGUCGUCGGCCGGCGUCGAUCUCGCCACCACCUCCGGAACCGGUUAUGAAGCGUAGGCCUCGUUCGCCACCUCCGCGAAUCUUACGUCGUCCGUCACCGCCGGCGGCUUUCCACCGUGGGAAGUCGCCACUUCGGUCGGUUUCCGGUUCACCCCGCCGGGGGGUCGUUCGUCGUAUGUCGCCGAUUCCACCGCCCAGACCUCGUGUCAAGCGGCCACCGUCGCCACCACCCAAGAUGAGUCGUUCUCCAUCUAUGACUAGUUGUUCGGAGGAAUCCUGCUCUGGCUGCUCUAUGGAUCACCAUCGUUCUAGAUCUCGUUCGUUAAACGGUCCCGGUCCGCGUCCGCGUCUUCGUGCGCCAUCGCCGCCGCCACCCGCGGUUCACAUUUCGAAAAGUCGGCGCGAUGCUGGUCCCGUAAUGCGUCCGAUGAGUCCGCCGCCGACGGAUCCGCGCCGUAAGGAACCGAUGCCCAAGGUGCAUCGCAUCGACAAGGAUCCGCGUGAUCGUCCGUCGCGACCGAUUCCUCCGCCACCACCGGUCGAACGGGUACGACAUCCGCAAACUCCCGAGUCGGAAAAAGCUCCCUCGCCGAAGCCACGAGUCACGAAGCACAAAGGUAUUCCGGAGGAUCCCCGGCCUGUGAAAGUACGCCAACCGAAGCCACCCCCACCGGAAGUGGCCGCACCACCACCCACCAAGAAGCACAAGGAGAAGAAUACCGAAAAGGUUAAGCUUCGAGCACGUGUCAAAAUCGAAGGCGAACCCAAGCAGCGCCGGCCACGAUCACCGUCGUCCGGAUCGGAGGAAUCUUCUAGCAGUGAAAGCUCACUGCCCAGAUUUACGGCCACCACACGGCUCACGCUGUCGGAACGGUUCGGCAAAAUGGCCCAGUGGAGCGUCGACCGAAGCAACAUGGAGAACAUGCGCAUCACCAAGAACAGUUCCGGCGGUGACCUGAAGGUAAUGAUCGAGGAAGAAAUGGAAGCCCCUCCGCCGGCCCGGUACGCAUAUUCUCCUGCGCCGGCCGGUCACUUCCCCGAGGAGUUGAUGACUACCGGACCCAGUGGGUUGUCGUCGUGGGACGAUGUCCGGGUGCGGUACGAGUAUUAUAAGGGACGCGGCUAUCUGAGGGAUCUCGAUCUGCAGGAUUACAUCAAGUGGGAGGAAUGGUGGUAUAAAUACCAGGAAUGGCUGAAGCAGGAGCGUUAUUACGAACUAUGGGAACGGUCGCAGUUGAAUCGCCGCCGCAAGAAGGUUCCCAUAUCGCAGCGAUUGAACUAGGAUGGGAAAGUGAUUUCAAUUAAUUGUUAUUUUGAAGCCUUCCCCGCGGUCCUCGAGGAGUAUCUGGAUCUCCGAGGUAGAGAACUUCCAUGUUUUAGAGAGCGAGAUUAACACAAUUAAUAUAAAACAUUAUUUAUGUAAAUGUUUCUAUGUGCAUUAUGAAAAAGGUAGGACACAGGGCCCCGGAAGGGCACUCCCAUAGAUCUGAAGUAUGGCAGGUGGGAGGUUCGUCCCUGUGAGGUACCGCAAAAAAGGACCCUUAUCGUAACCUAAAGAAGAUCGACCGUUUUAUGAGAUAGUUUAUAGCAUCAUUGAUCUUCUGCAACUCAACACAUUUAUCAAAAUAGUAUGAUAGUGAAUAAACCAAGCAAGUAUAAAAAUGAAUAAAGUCAUGACUAAGUUA